AUGGCUGAAAACAUCAUGCCAAAAAGAAUGGAAGCAAGCAUACUGUCUUGUUUCACCCCGUUGAGAGCAGUAGAAAAAGGCCAAUUAGAGCAGAUCACAGGCAAAGGAGCUUCUGGGACAUUCCAGCUGAAGAGAUCAGGGGAGAAACCCCUGCUUGGUGGAAGUCUGAUGGAAGAUGCAAUCCUGUCUGCUAUUGCUGCCAUGAACGAGCCGAAGACCUGUUCAACAACUGCUCUGAAGAAAUAUGUCUUGGAGAACCACCCAGGGACCAAUUCUAAUUUCCAAGUGCAUCUACUGAAAAGAACCCUACAAAAGUGCGAAAAGAAUGGAUGGAUGGAACAGAUCUCUGGGAAAGGGUUCAGUGGCACCUUCCAGCUUUGUUUUCCAUAUUACCCCAGCCCAGGAGUGUUAUUUCCAGAGAAGCAGCAGGAUGAGGAGUCUGAAGAAUCUGAGGAUGAUGAUUCAGAAGAAGAAGAUGAGGAAGAUUCAUCUGAGGAAGAAGAAUCUGAAGAAGAUGAACCACCACCUAAGAAAAGAUUGCAGAAGAAAGCCCCAGCUAAAUCCCGAGGGAAGACCACCUCAGUGAAACAGAGAGAGUCCAAACCGAAACCCAAAACCCCUGCUGCCCAGCGAGGAAAAGCAAGACCCACACCCAAGAAAGCUCCCCAGGCCAAAACCCCCGCCAAGAAAACCAAACCAGCCCCACCAGCCAUCAAAAAGUCUGGUAACAUCUCUUCCAAGAAGCCAGCUGCAAGUGGAAGGAAGGAUGGGAAAUCUUCCACCAAGGGCAAAUCCAGGAAAUCUCUCAGAGCAAAGAAGUGAAACAAUAGCACAGGGGUACUGCAUUGAAAUUCAAAAUCUUAUUUCUUAAGGUCAUUGUGCAUUUGUUUUAGUUUUGAUGCUUUUAAAAUUGCAUUUUUUUUCUUUGAAAAGCAUGGGG